AUGUGCCAGAUGGCCGCAAGGAAGGCUUCUUGCUCCUUCCGCUGCCGGGGGCUCCUUCUACGGCUGAUUUACAGAACAAAGUCAGCCAGUAUUCCUCCACCAGGGAGAAUCUGAGUUCUCCACGUCUACAUAUACUUCUACCACUCAACGCAAAAGUUCCAUUCAAACCUGAAGAGGAGGACACUAAUGUAGUCUUCCAAGAAAACCUUCCAGAACUGGAGCGUGACACAGCAGGGGUGCGGAAACGCAGCUACAAGAACAGUGUCUACAAGAUCAUCCAGAAUAAUGAGGCAUUUAGCUGUGUUCUGGAAUAUGCCACACCACUGCUGACACUGUAUCAGAUGUCCCAUGAGAGCAGUGCAGGGUUUGGAGAGAGAGAACGAAAACAGCAGGUCCUGUUGUUCUACAGAACCCUCAGCCAAAUUCUGGAAAAUUCUCUAGAGUGCCGGAACCGUUACCGGCUCGUCCUGCUCAACGAUGAGCACACAGGUGACCCUCAUUACCUCUCCAGAGAGAUCAUCCAGCACCUGAAACAGCAGGAUGGAGAGAUUCACAUGGAUCACAUCCAAGAGCCACCGAAUGAAGUCCAGCCUGUUCCAGAAGAGGGUCCGAUUGGGAAUAUUAAUGGUGCACUGCGUGCCAAUUUCCCAGAAGACCCAGUGAGCAGCAACCCAACCCUCAUGUUCAGCCAACCACAAUCUUUAAGAUCUGAACCAGUGGAGACCACUGAUCAUUUUAACCAACCUAAUGCAAGGAGAUGGGAUUGA